AUGGCUUUGCUGAAAUCCGGCUGGCUCUGGAGACAAUCUUCAGUUCUCAAACGCUGGAAACUGAACUGGUGUGACCUGUGGAUAGACGGGAGCUUCAUGUUUUAUAAAACUGAAAGCAGAAGAGACUUUGAGACCAGAGUGAAUCUGAAGCCCACCUGUGUUAAUGUCAAAUCUGGACUGGAAUGUGCAGGUGUGUGUCCACCUGAGACUCAUCCAAGAGAGAAUCUGCUUGUGGUUCAUGUGAGGGAUGGUUCAGUGCUGACCCUGUGUGCCAACAGUGAAGAUGAGGCCCUAGCCUGGAAACUCACUAUUUUGGAAGCUAAAAGAAAUCCUGUUUACACUUACAAUCCCUGUGAUGAUACUUACCAGACUGUUCCCAUUAACAGCCACAAUGCGGUGUACAUUAUGCCAGGAGAAGGUUGUGGAGGAACUCAGCAUGUGUGGGUGCACAGAGACACUUACGACAACAACUUUGGAGAGCAGAUCGCACUCGGUCUCUUAGCUGGAAUGGCUGCAGGUGCAGCAAUGCGCUCACUUCUGUGGAUGCCCUUCUGGUUCUGUUAAUGGCCAAUCAGACAUCAGAAUGAUCAAACCUCAGUGAUAGCAAACUACUUUCUUCUUGCAUAUAAACAUGUAAAUAUUAGCAUAUACAGUAGCUGUGGUUGUUUUAAACUCAGUAUGGAUCAAGUCGUCAGCUAAUGCAUACAUUUUGUUAU